GUUCUGUCAGGUAACUGUGGAGGGUGACGUGUGGUCGUCGUGUUCGGAACUGAUGCCGUGAGGCAUUGUCAAGCAUGGAAAAUAAACCAGAAGCGGUAGGCGGUGACGGAUCAAAAGACGAAACUGUGGAAAGUGAAGGUGCAGGAAGAAGCUGCCUUUCACACAGACCGAAUCUGACAGACUUAUCAGAUGAGUUGCUGCUGAUGGUGCUGCGACUACUGCCACCUCGCGACGUGCGUUCGCUCGGGCUGGUGUCGUCAAGGUUUGCUAAUGUUGCUGCCGACCCUUCAUUGUGGGUAUCUCCAGACUUCAGUCAUGUGAGAGGAAUGACUUGCAGACAGUUCUGUGAACGGUACAUGCCAUUCUUGGGUCCGUGGACAACAUCGCUGACUACUCGAGGUCCUCUCCUGUUCGUCGGAGUAGCGAGGUACUUAAAUGAUGAGGCUUUAGACAGAAUGUACCCGAAUCUUGGUGAUUACGUGUCUGGGGAGUUCAUCAGAGAGCUGGAUGCACGCUGCCCGAACCUCAAGUCGUUGGUGCUGUGGGACCAGCAUAUUGACGAGAAGGAGGUACGGCCAGGGACGCUGCCGAGCAGCCUCGAGUUCUUGGCUUUCCGCCGCUGCUGGCUUUCGAACCCGCGGCUGGCGGACACGUACUUCAUGGGCUGCAACACCACACUCUCCCACCUACGGGAGCUGGAGCUACACAGGUGCCCGUGGUUCUCCCCGAGCUCGCUGCUGUCACUGAGCAAGUGUGCCCACCUGAUGGUCCUCCGCAUCACACAUUGCCCUGGCAUUCACUACUCGCUGCGGACAACCAGCCUGGCCUGCAUGUCUGGCUUCGAGAAACUGAAGGUGCUGGACCUGCGCCGCACGCAGGUGGGGGACCAGGAGCUGAUGUUUUUCAGCCAGCUGCAGCAGCUCGAGGAGCUGCUGCUGGAGCAGCGGCCCCCGGUCGUGCUGUACAGCUCCGAUGCCUCGGACUCGUCGGACGACACCGACACCACCAGAAAAUUACUGCCACUGAUGUCCCCGGAGAUGAUUUUCUACAGCCAAGUGACGUGGCUGGAACAGCUGCUGCUGGAUCGGCCAGCCGACGACGACUUGGACGAUGAUAAUGAUGACAUGCUACCGGGUCAGCACCUGGGACUGGAGUUCAUGCAGUGGUUCCGGUCUCUAAUGGUGUCCUCAGUGUCGGACACGGGGAUCUGCUUACUGGGGAAGGGCCCCCACUCCCCGUGGGGCGUAGCCAUCCUCCGCAGAAUGGACUGUGGCCAGAAUGAGCACAACCCACGCCUCCGGAAGCUCGUCGCCCGUGGGUUCUCUGAUGUGACAGAUGUGAGUGUGGACUAUCUGGUUCACGUGGACACUCUGCGCUAUUUGGACCUGACGGGCUGUGGAGUGACGCGGCACGCCCUCGAGAGCUUCGCCAAUCUCCGUCCAGAUGUCGAAGUCGUGGGACUCUAACGAUACUGAAGAUGGAUCUCAGAGUCCUCAAGUUAACUGUAAAUGUUAUUGCAACUAACAUAAUUCAUUUUUAUUCAGUAAACUGUAACAACAUUGCAUAAAAUUAGCUACAGUGAUCCGCUUUUAAAAGAACUAAUGUGCACGCCAGCACACAUUUUUAUACAUAUAUCGCAAGAAAAUGUACAAAUAAGACAGAAGCGUUCCUGCUCUCCACUGCUGUAAUGAAGAGAGCCAGCAAAAUGGUAAAGUAACAAUAGUUCAUUUGAGUUUUGAGGAAUUUUUAAUAUUUUUAUCUGUGAACUGUAGACAAAAUCAUUCCAGUUUCAGGAAUGAAGGAUUGUAGUUUGUUGUUGUGCUCACACCUAUAAUGUAUUGGAAUAGAUAGAUACAUUUAAAUAGAGUAGUACUUUCACAGGAAUGUGAAAUGCCUAGCACCAUGUGAACUGAACACUUUCAACUGGCACGUCUUUCUGCCUUCUGCUGUUUAGUGUAAUCCACCUAUCGUGGCAUUCUUUUGUAUAGUUAAGAGAUUUAUGACAUUGUUUUUCUUCUUGUGUAAUUAUUAUUUAGGAUAAUAAGACAGAGUAUAUGUUGUGGUUUC